AUGGACGAGACCACGUUCAGUGAACCACCCCGGAAACAUGCGCGAAUCAGUUCUAUACAAGACCAACCUGAUCCAGUAACUGCAGACAACGAUUCAGAAUCGCCAGCAUGGGAUCAACUGCAGAGUCCUUAUCAUCUGACAGACUACUACACUGAUCCGCACAACUCACCGGCAUUAGCUAUUAACAGUGACCCUUUCCAGUCGCCAGCAGCUAGCUGGACCCAGGAUGGCUUCUCACAGGAUCCAGGUUACCUAGCAUCUCAGGAAGAGCUGCGAUGCAUACUCUUCUCCCUCGCCAAUUCGAAUGCUCCAACACGGGUAUCCAGUCCAGACACUGUGGGAAGGUUCGAAAUAGCCGAAAAAUUACCACGCUCAAAAACACACCAGCCAGAACGAAGAGGAGAGCUCUUGCAAUCUUCUCUGUCGAGCCGGAGGCGUAUUGAAUAUCUGAAAAAUUAUGUGGCUGAGGUAGCACCUUGGCUGGACAUGUUCGACUCUCAGUGCACCUUUCGCCAACAAGUGCCUGUGCUGGCUCGCUCCUUCCCUGCUCUCUCAUAUGCCAUGCUUGCCAUUUCUGCCCGUCAGAUCGAACGCAAAAAUGGGGUUCGAAAUUGGUUUGAUAGCCUCGAACUGUACCAAGAGGCCAUCCGACGGCUAAGUCCACUUCUUCAACUACGUGACCCGAAGAUCGUAGCGGCAUGUGUGCUUCUCUGUUGCUUGGAAAUGAUGUCUGCUCGUGCCCAAGAUUGGCGUCGCCAUCUUGAGGGCUGCGCGGCCUUGUUUGAUGCGUUUGGUAUUCAUGGCUUCAGCCAGGGAAUUCUGCAGGCAGUGUUCUGGUGCUACGCUAGAAUGGAUUUGUGCGGUGCGCUUAUUUCAGAUGGAACACAGACCACGCUUCUGCAUCCCUCUAAAUGGCUUCCUGAAGGCUAUCGGACAGAGGACGCGCAUGAGCUGUUCCAGAGUGUCAAGUCGCCAGAUAUGCAUGCAAAUUAUGCCGUGUAUUUGUGCGUGAAAGCGACCGAGCUGGUGUCCGACCGUACAAAGUUUGUGGAACUAGGUGAAGACAAUGGGUGUACUCCGGAUAGGUUCCGCACACGAUGGCUCAGUCUCUGGAAUGACCUACAAUGCUGGUUUUCCGAGCGUCCCAGCGAGCUUCUUCCAGUGCAGACAGUCAACCGCAAGCCCUUUCCUCACAUCCUGUUCGUCCACUGGGCUGCUAUCUCGUCAAACCAACUGUACCACACGGCAUGCAUACUGUUACUGAAGAUGAUGCCCAAGGAAAUCCGGCUUCCCAGGUCGCCAACUUUGUUUCCUCUAUGGCAUGCUCGCCGAAUAUGUGGCAUUUCCCUGGCAAACCCACACCAAGGGUGCUUGAACAACUCUAUCCAACCACUGUGGAUUGCCGGACAACUAUUCAGUCACGCCUCGGAGCAUGAAGAGAUUAUCAGGCUGAUUCAAAGCAUCGAGGCCGAAACUGGCUGGGGAACAUGUUGGCGGAUUCGGGAUCUGGAGGUUGCCUGGGGUUGUUCCGGAAUGAGAGGAACAUGA